AUGAACAGUGAGGAAUCGGCUAGACAAAGUGAUAGCAAAGCCUAUUUGUCAUUCAUAUUUUGCUAGAUAUUGGGCCUAGCAAACACAAACUGCACGCAAGAGAUGUACAAUCAUAUUGUAGCAUAUUCAUUUUAUCUAUAUUUUCAUUUAAAAUGUUUAAGGUCAUAGCAUUAUUUACUUGAUAAAUUUACACCCUCUAAAGAGAUUGAAAAUGUAAUGAAAAAGUAAAAUCCAAACUAGACAAUAACAAAUUGCUGUAGACUACUCUUUCAAAUUAGUAAAGGUAUACCUUCUCACUUUUCAUUUGAAAACAGAAACAAACCCUUUGUAGAAUCGGUUUGUAAGCUAUGCUUGAUCUUACUAAGUUCUUAUCUGAGCAGACAACUUAAUUUUGAAAUGAAUUUCAAGAAGCUUUUUUAUGAAUCGAUGCACAAUUUUUUAUUCCAUUGAAUCCGUAGGCUGAACAGUCAUGCGCUCUCCGAACGAAUGAACGCGCAUGUCGGCUUACUUCCUGCCUUGGCAAGUCGUGGUCCAUGUAUUUUAUAUGCCUCGAAAAUGGUGGUAAAAAGAGUAAAAUGGGGCAUAAAUAAGUUUCUUUACCUUGUGAACAAUGACAGAGGCUUUUGAAGAUGGAAUCUACUUGGUUCGAGUUCGCGCACAGGUGAUGACUCGCGAUGACAGCACGGGGGGGUGGGUGCCGAUGGGGGGAGGGGGGCUGUCCAAUGUGUCAGUGCGCAAGCGCAUAGUUCAUCCAACUGAUACAGACACCAAGCACGAGUAUCUCAUAUUCGGCAAGCGAAUUGCCGACACGUCAUUGAAGGUAGUGUUGAGCUGUGUAAUUAAAAAGGAUUUUGAGUAUAAUAAGGUGAUGCCGACGUUUCACCACUGGAAGACGGGCGAUAAGAAGUUCGGGCUGACCUUCCAGACGGCGGCCGACGCCCGCGCUUUCGACAAGGGCGUGCGGACGGCUGUUGAGGAACUGCUCGACGAACUACGUAUUGUCAGGAACUGGAUAAAUCUGUUUCCGAAAACAGAAUAUUUCAAUGAACCAGCUUUCUAUCCCGCGGGCGUAACAAAGGACAGAUUACGUCUGGCCGUGACUCUUCCACCUCAAAAAUUUCAUCCUCUUCCAGACGAUGUUGGAGACGAUGAUGUUUUCAUGACGCUGAACUUGCCAGUGGAACGCGGCGACUCGCGUUCGUCGUCCGACUCGUCGUCGGGCCGUCACCACGCACCCGUGCCGCCUCCGCACCACCACCUGCCGCCCCCACCGCCGCUGCCGCCCCCGCACUCGCUGUCGUCCCUGGCGCCCGCCCCCGGUGACGAGUCGUACUCGUACGUGCAGCUGACCGGCCACGACUACACGUAUCCGGUGUCGGUGUUCGACCAGCAUCACCACGACGCCAAGAAGGCCAGCGUCAUCCAGCCGACGCAGCCGCACAUGCCGCCGAAACGCAGUCGCCGCUGCCGGCACUGUCAGCAGAUAUAUACUAGCGACACCAAUCUCAAGGGCGCUUGCCGAUACGCGCCGGACCCGAUUCGCGAGACGAUCGACCGCGUGGCGUGCAUCGCGUGCGCACGCUGCUGCCUGGUGUACCCCGAGGGCAGAGGCGCUGGUGGAGGGAGGGGCGCUACGGCCGCGCACCCUUGCGACUGUGACUGCGACGGAGACGCGGGCGCGUGCGGCCGUCGCUGGUUGGCGCUGGCGCUGUUGUCGCUGCUGGUGCCCUGUUUGUGGUGUUAUCCGCCGCUGCGCGCCUGUCACCUGUGCGGCAUCGCAUGCGGCAUGUGUGGCGCCACUCAUCGGCCCGACUCCUAACCACCAGCCGACGCAAACGCAUUCGCAAACGAUAAGUGCUAGUCUAGUCAACGCCAACGCCAACGUUGCUGCGGCUCCUCCCAACGAACUCAAAGUGGAGUGAUCGUGUUCGAUAAGGAUAGUGUGUUCUACAUAACUCACCAAAGUGGUCGUGAAUUGGAGUUUACGUUCUCUAGAGAUAACAAUAGUUUUCUAACUCUCCAAAGUGAUGAUGAAUUGCAGUUGACAUUCUCUAGAGAAUGUCUCUAAAAGGGUGGAGGUUAAGAAUGUCUCUAAUAGGAUGGGCAGGAGGUUAAUGACUCUUUGAGAGAACAUGAUUCAAAGUGAACCGUUCGGUAUAGAUAACAAUGUUGCUCUAAUUCGUCAAAGUGAUAAUGAAUUGGAGUUGAUGUUCUUCAGAGAAUAGGGAGAGUAAAAAUUUGAUGACUCUGAGAGAAGAUCAUCUGUAUUUUUGCUUAGAUUGGUAAUGAAUCUAAUUCAUCAGAGUUGAGGUUUUUUAGAGAAAGUCUCCAAUAGGGAGAGUAAGAGGUUAAUGACCUCUGAGUGAAUAUGAUUGGAAGCUAAUUGUUUGCUAGAGAUGACGUUCCUAGAGGAAGUUUUCUGCUUAAGUUGGUAAUGAAUCCAAUUCAUCAGAGUUGAGGUUUCGAGAAUGUCUCUAAUAGGGUGGGAAGCAGGUUAAUGAGAAUAGUGUUCUAACUCACCAAAGCGAUCAUGAAUAUUGAAGUUGACAUUCUCUAGAUAUAAAAAUAUUUCUUAAGAAAGUGGUCAUAAAUUAUUGUAUUUGACAUUUUCUAGAGAAUUUCUUCAAUAAUAGGGUGGGUAAAAGUUAUGUCUUUUGAGUAAUCAUGAUCUGUAUUGAAUUGUCAGCUUAAGUUGGUAAUGAAUCUAAUUCAUCAGUGUUGAGGUUUUCUAGAGAACGUCUUUAAUAGAGUGUGUAAGAGGUGAAUGACUCUUUGAGUGAACAUGGUCUGUAUUGAACCGUUUUUUAAGGUUGGUAAUGAAUCUAAUUCAUCAUAGUUAAAAUUUUCUAAAGAAUCUCUGAACAUCAUUUGAAGUGAACAGUUUUCUAGAGGUAACAAUAUUGCGCCAACUCAACAAAGUGAGCAUGAAUUGGGUUUAACGUUUGCUACGUUUAAUUAAUCAGAAUUGAGGUUUUCAAGAGAAUAUCUGAACAUGAUUUGAAGUGAACCGUUUUAUAGAGAUAGCAAUAUUGCUCUAAUUAACCAAAUUUAUAAUGAAUUGGAGUAAACGUUUUCUAGAGAGUGUCUCUGAUUGACAUGAGUGAAUAUGAUGUAAUAUGUAAUCAAGUGUACAGUUUCGUUAGAAAGUAUAGCGGCCCUAAUUAACACAAAUGAAAAUGAGUUGUUUCGAAAUAUGUUUGUGUUAAGACUAAUAUAUGAAGUGAACCUUUUACUUUCAAUGGCUCUAAUUUACAGAAAUGAACAGUUUUCUAGAGAGUAUAACUGCUUUCAGUCGAAAGAUUAGAAUGUUUUGAAGUGAACGAACAGAGUGGGAAUGGAUUUUAUAACGGCUCUAAUUGAGAGAAGUGAACCAUUUCCUGGUGAGAAUAUUGGCUUUAAUUAACAGAAGUUAACUAUUUUAUUGAUAGAAUAACGGCUCUAAGUGAACUGGUUUCUAGACAGAAGAAUGGCUCUAAUUUUCAGAAGUGAAGCGGCUUCAAAAAAGAAUAGAAUUUGUCCAGUUUUGAGAGAUCUACAAAAAACAUCAAGUCAGGCCUAUCAUAAUUUCAAAUUAAUCGAUUCAGAGGAAAGAGGGGAAGAAUACAUGAAAGAAUGAGGAAGGUAAUUUUUUAAUAUUCAUCGAGAAAAAUAGUUGAAAUAUGUAAAAUCUGAUUAAAUGUUGAUAGUGUAAAAGCAAUUUUUAAAUCGAUGAGUGAUUAAAUUGGAAUAAUUUUAAGAGGAUUUGGAAAGUAGACAAGGACAUAAUGCAGAGAAGAUACUUGUGUUGAUGCUUUGUAACUUGUAGGAUCGGAUCUGUGAAACUUGUGCAUAUACUUUCUAGGAUUUGUUCUCAAUUAUCGGCCUUAUGGUAAUCUUGUUGAAGCUUUGUAUAGGAAUUAGCCGAUCUAACUCGCCAAUAAUAUUCUGAAGAGACAUGGUCAGCAUUCAAAUCAUACCAAUCACACUAUCACUACUCAUACAUGUUUAAAAUUAUGUAAAUAUACAGUACCUACACAUGCUUGAAUCUUUAUGAGUCACACUAGCAAAUUCAUAUCCAUUGUUUUGUUUGGGACGUUCUCUGUUAUUGUUAUAAUAUAUACGCGUUCAUUAUUGUGCUAAAAUGACGUCGAAUAACUAUUUGCAGUAUAGAUGUUGUAAGAAUAACGGCUAUGUAAGAUACAAUAGUAUUUUAUUCUGUAAAUACAACUGAUUUCUUGCCGUGGUGAGGGAUGGAGUUAGCUCUUCAACUUAAACCAACUGAUUGUCGAAAAGUACUGAUUUUUUUUAGCCAGUGUGUGUACAUUUUUAUUGUGGCUUGUGUAGAGAAGUGAACGAACACAGUGUUGCCAGGGUUUUACUAGAAAUGAACCUGAUAUAUGUAUUGUAUCCUUGUAUGUGCUACCGCUGCUUGUAUAACUAUCACAUUUAUUUGUUUUGAAAACAUAGUUUCUUGUUUAACAAGCUUUUUCUAUGAUGGUCUCAUGAUUCAAUCAGCUACGCAUUUUUGUGUUUCAAUGGAUUUGUCUAGUGCGCGUCGAAUAGUAUAAUGCAGAACUAAGCUAGCUAUGCAUGGGCGUUUGUGAUUCAGUAAGAUUUCCAUUAACAACUCGUCAUAGAAUUAUACCGGAAUGUAGAUCACUACAUUCUAUAUAUAUAUAUAUUCUUCUGAAUGUAGAUCACUACAUUCUAUUUAUCAUAUUUGUUUACAUUCAUAUUAUUAUUAAAGCUAAUAGUAUUGCUAGUGUUGGAAACAAGGCUGUUUAUGCAAAUGCUAUUAUACAAAUUGAAAAUAAUGUAAAUAAUCUUAAACUUGCCAAAGUUAACAACAGCAUUAAAAAAGUACCUUUAGUGGUUCAUUGCCUACUAAUAUUUUAUUUUAUAAAGGAAAAAUAAGAUACAUAUUGUCAAUUCUUUAUUUUUUGUCGGACACUUUAAAAUAGUCGUGUGGUUACGGUUUUCAAGUACAGUGUAUUACUGAUAUUCCACUUGUGCUAAAAUAUAAUACUAUACGAUUAUUAUUGUUGAAUGUGAUCCGUAUUUGGUGUAUAACCAACUGUACUUGUAAAAUGUAUUUUACUCCUAGCGGUCAAAAAUAGGAGUGUCAUCAGAAUAGGAGUAUUAUCAUUUUUGUAUGUUGUAAAAAAGUUGCAAAAAUUUGAAUGUUGUGAUAGUAUAUGAAGUGUAAGGAAUGGUAUUGUGGAUUGUUACCAACGUUAUCAAUUCGGAUAACUGUUGAAGAAGCAUUUCAGUUUGAUAAAAAUUUGGAAAAGUCUUAACUUUGAAUGUUGUGAUAGUAAACUGUGAAAGGAAUGGUAUUGUGAAUUGUUAACGGUAUUAAUACCGGAUGGUCAUUGAUUUGGAUAACUGAUGCAUCUUGAUAUUGCUAAACAUGACUUAACGCCAAUGAAAAAUGUUUGCUAUGAUUAUUAUUUAUGUGAGUGUGGUAAUCAAUGCAUCGGUACAGUUUCAAAGUACUGGUCAAGAGUAAGUUCAGCGGCGUUAAAGAA